AUGUCAUUCUUCCGAACUUUGCAAUUCUCCAAGGGCGCCGUGUCGCUCUUCGCCAACCCCAAGUUUGAAAAGUCGCUCGCAUUCGCAAAAUACAUUGAGAAGAACCUCAACACCGCCGGCAAGGAUAUUGGCGACCUGCCGUUCGACUUUGAGGAGACCACCACCGCCCCCACCCUGGACCAGCUGUUGACAAUCAAGAGCUUUGUUGACGAGAAAAAGGGUAUUGUGCCUUCCACCUUCACCCCGGCGCAAGUGUUUGCUCCUGCUCAGCCCGCUCUCAAGGCCGCCGGCAAAACCUUCCCCGACGACUGGAAGUCCCACAAGAUCAUCGAGACUUUGAUCAAGGCCGACACCUUUGAUAACCCCACCGUGAUCCGACCCAUUCUGGUUGACUGGGAGAAGGGACAGGUGGCCAUUGACGAUCUAGAGGCCGCCAAGAAGCUGUGGGAGGAGCUCAUCCUAAGACAGGACUAG